AUGCCUUUCGAUAAGGAGGUUGACAAGAUCUCUGCUAUUGAACCACGGCCGGUCGAGAUGCAAGUUUUGUAUCUUGGACUUUCCAGAACUGGAACCAUGAGUGUGUUAUCGCCCCCAAAUAUGCGCGGUCCUUGUAGCUGAUAGCCACUCCUAGCAAUGCAAACAGCUCUAAACAAACUGGGCUACCGAAGCUACCACUUUACAGAGGCCGUCAAGCCCGAUAACCGGAAGUUUCGGCAUAUCAAUUGUUGGGCUGAAGCCCUGAAACGCAAGGCCACGGGUAUCGGAAAGCCUUAUGAGCCAGCAGAUUUUGACAAGCUUCUGCAAGAAUAG